UUUCUGGAUUUGGCAUCCAGCUUCUGCGGCGAAGUUGUUGGUGCGAAACCAUGUCUUGGAACCUGACCAAAAAGCUCAAAGAAACCCACCUGGGCUUCUCGAAAUCGUCGUCGCCCUCCACAAAGGACAAGGACAAGGAAAAGGCCAAGAGCGGCGCCACCACCCCGUCUGACGCCAACAGCGUCGCCGACAGGAACAGCUCAGAGGCCCUCUCGCAGGAACCCGUCAUCAAGCCCACCAAGCCCGGCAUCCUCGUCCUCACCCUCUACGAAGCCCGCGGCCUCUCCCUCCCCGAACAGUAUCAGGAUGCCCUCGCGGCGAGCCAUCCGACCGGCGCCCGCUCUACCGGAGACGCGCUGACCGGCUCCACGCGAAAACCCUCUGCCUUCUCCGGCAGCCUCGACAGACCGCAGUCGUCCUCCGCGUCCGGCUUCAAGGGCAUCCCGACGAACCACGGCCGUGUCUCGGGCAAGUACAUGCCGUAUGCGCUCGUCGACUUUGACAAGAACCAAGUCUUUAUCAAUUCAGUUGAUGGAAACCCCGAGAACCCUGUCUGGGCUGGUUCCAACACGCAGUACAAGUUUGACGUGUCGCGCGUUGGCGAGCUGACUGUCCAGCUGUUUAUGAGAAACCCGUCGGCUGCUGCGGGCACAGGGAGGACUCAGGACAUCUUUUUGGGCGCCGUUCGUGUUAUGCCCAGAUUCGAGGCUGUGCCCGAAACCACGCCGUCGAGCAAAAAGGGUCAGACCGACCGGCCAUCGGCCCAGGGCUUCAGCGGGCUGGGGUGGUUUGACUUGCAGAAUGGAACGGGGAAGCUCCAGAUUGGCGUCAACUUUGUCGAAAACCGCGUCGGAAAGCUUUCCAUCGACGACUUUGAUCUUCUGACCCUGGUUGGCAAGGGUAGCUUUGGAAAGGUCAUGCAGGUCCGGAAGAAGGAUACCGGCCGCAUCUACGCCAUCAAGACGAUCCGAAAGGCCAAGAUCAUAACGCGAUCCGAAGUGACGCAUACCCUCGCCGAACGCUCCGUCCUCGCACAGAUCAACAACCCCUUCAUCGUUCCGCUAAAGUUCAGUUUCCAGUCUCCCGAAAAGCUCUACUUCGUCCUGGCCUUUGUCAACGGCGGAGAGUUGUUCUACCAUCUAUCCAAAGAAGGGCGCUUCGACAUCAACCGCUCCCGCUUCUACACGGCCGAGCUGCUGUGCGCGCUUGAAUGUCUACACGGCUUCAACGUCAUCUACCGGGACUUGAAGCCCGAGAACAUCCUCCUCGACUACCAGGGCCACAUUGCCCUCUGCGACUUCGGGCUCUGCAAGCUGGAGAUGAAGGACGAGGACUCCACCAACACCUUUGUCGGCACCCCCGAGUAUCUGGCGCCGGAGCUCCUCAAGGGCGAGGGCUACGGCAAGACGGUCGACUGGUGGACGCUGGGCGUGCUGCUGUACGAAAUGCUGACGGGCCUGCCGCCCUUUUACGACGAGAACACCAACGAAAUGUAUCGCAAGAUCCUGACGGCUCCCCUCAAUUUCCCCGGCUACGACGUGGUGCCCCCGGCGGCCAGGGACCUGCUGACCAAGCUGCUGGAGCGCGACCCCAGCAAGAGACUGGGCGUCAACGGGUCCACCGAGAUCAAGUCGCAUCCUUUCUUCCACGGCAUCGACUGGAAGAAGUUGCUGCAGCGCAAAUACGAACCGGCAUUCAAGCCCAACGUGGCCAACGCUCUCGACACAGGCAACUUUGACGACGUCUUCCGAAACGAGCCCGCCCAGGACUCGGUCCCCGACGACUUCGUGCUGUCCAAGACGAUGCAGGACCAGUUUGUCAACUUUAGCUACAACAGACCAGUCGCGGGACUCGACGACGCAGGAGGCAGCAUCAAGGAUCCCUCCUUCUUAGAGGCCUCGGAGGCCCGCGGACGGAGGUAGCUUCUUUUUAUGGAAUCUGGCUUUUGGCAUUUUUUUCUCCCUUCAUAUGGGGGAAAACGGCACGCAGACCGUGUCGGGGCAACGCAUCGAGCAUUGCAGUCGGUCGUAUCAGGUGGACAAUAGGGGAGUCAAGGCGGGUUUCUAGAUAUAUACAGUCUUGUUUGUCUGACGGCACUGCGGUGCUUUUUUAGCAUGAAAUGAGAC